AUUAAUUAUAAAAUUAACCACUAUGAGGACCCUACUCUACCUAAUUUCAGCCCUCUUAGUUUUUUCCCAGUGCAUCAGGUUCAAAAAUGGGCAACAAAGUUUGAAAUAUUAUGAGAGUGUAGAAGGGAUUAGGGAUGAGACAGAACAAGACUUGGAUUCAGGAGAGAUUGUAAGGAAUAGUGUUCCAGCAAUGAGAGCAGAUGUGCUUUAUGCGCCGAUUGUCUUGAAUGUUGAUGAUGAAGAGUCCUCUGUAGGGAAUAGAGAAAAUACUGGGACUCUUGAACUGAAGAGCAUUAUUGAGAAUAGUGUUGAAAUUGAUGAGUUAGAAGGUAGGUCAGAAGAGGAAAUUUCAGCUAUGUCUGAUAUUAACAAUUCUGUAACUUCUCUUCGCAACAAGUCAUCUGCACUCACAGUCUCUAUUGACUCUCUCACCCAGGCUUCUUCAGAGGCGGCUGCCUCUGAAGAAGCCUGGGUGGCUGAGUCAGUACAGGACUUAGAGAGUGUUCAGGAAGAGAUUGAUCAGUUGCAGGAAGAGAUUAGUGGGAUUGGCUCGAUGACAUUAUUAUAUUAUCCAGAUGCAAAUGAAGAUUAUUGUGAAAAACAUAUAAACUGAGGAGUUUGAAUUUCUUCUUCGGCUUGUAUUUGGUGUCCUAGUAAAGAAACUUGUGUUCAAGGUGAUGCGAAUGGGCCUCUUAUUGAAAGCUGUGACAGCUGGCUAGUUAAUACUUGAGAUUUAGCUCAGAUUAGUGCAGGCUUUCAACAAAAAAAUCAAAAAAUUCCAAACAAUCUUGUUCUUAAUUUAGAUUAUUCAGCAACUGAUUCAAACUCACAGCUCAUAAACUUUGAAGAGCAGAAAAUUUAUGAAGAGAGAUAUGGAAUAAAUGAUUCAACAUUAGCAAGAGAUGCAAUUAAUAAACUUGCUGAAGACACUCAAGAUAGUUUAAAUAGCUUAAAAUCUCAGGAAAACAACACUGUUGCAAAUAUCCAAAGUAUUGAGCAAGCCUUAUAUAAUCUUAGUGCUCAGAUCAAUAGUCUGGAACUGAGCAUCUCAGAAGAUUUAGAAAGAAGUACUUCUACAGCAGAAUCAUUAGAUUCAAUCAGUUCACAACUUACUCAAACACAGCAACAAUAUGAUAAUGAAUACGACAUAUCAGAUGAAGAAAUGGUUCCUUCUUCUGGAAAUCCUUUAACCAAUGAAACUAGGAAUGUGAUAACUGGAGGUGGAAUAAGAGAAUAUAGCACAAAUUCCACUCUCACUUUUGGUGAAUCUAGUCAAAAACAAACCCAAAUCGAGGGAAACUCUACACAAAGUCAAGAUAAAGAAACUACAACACAGCAUCAAAUUGGAUCAACUCCUGGAGAUAAUGAAACGAAGGAGGCUACUUUGAAUGAGACAGAACAUCGGUCUAUUAAUACACCACAAAACAGUCAAGAGACUGGAAGUAUUCCUGUAGAAACAGAUCAAGCUUUGACUUCACAAGAGGCUCAGUCAGAGAUGCAUCAAAACUCUACUGUCUCAAAUGUCUCCUUAAACUCUGCCACUGUAGAAGCACCUCCUGCAGCUUCUGCUGCAGGAGCUAGUGCUCCAGUUGUAGGAUCUAAGAUUUCUACUGAAGAAGCAUCUGAAGAGAAAUUAACUGAUGAACAAAGUGGUCCUAGCGACGAGGACGAUAUAAAUAGUUCUGUGAAUGAAAAAGAAUCUCAAGGAGAGGGAGAAGUUGAUAAGAAUAAUUCUGAUGGGAAGACUUCAGACGAAAUUGCUUCUUCAGAUACUUCCUCCUCAGGAGAAAAUACUCAAAGCCAGGAGAAACUAACUGAACAAAACUCUGAGGAAACAUCAGAAGAACACGAACUAAAUACAACAAAUUCCAAAAAUACCCUAUCUAACAAUACCACCCACCCCCAAAAUAACACCCAAAUCCCCUCCAAAGACCCAUUAAAACCUAGCGAAAUUCUCCUCGAAGAGACAUCCUAACCCCUCUAAAACCCCUAUAUCUCCC